AUGACUCGACUCUAGCCACAACAACAGAACAGCACAUCAAUUGGGUAUAGGAACACUUGAAAAAAGACGCUGCAAAAUAAGAGGGUUAAAAUCUGUGUCUGUUAAAAUAUCACCGCAGACAUGUAUAGUAGCUAUGAGUUGUUACACUUUUGCUGACUAUGUUUCAUGUUGUUUAUUAAGUCACAAGUUAAAUUUACUUCCGCAACCUCACGUCGUUUUUCUGCACGUCGCUAGGGGACCUUAUGUGUAACUUUUGAAGGAUACGUACGAGUACCGACCGCCACAUUGACCGUUUGCGCGAGAUGUUGCAGCAGCAGCCUCUAACGGGGAACAGGCCCAAUGGCCGAGGCCUCGGAAUGAAUACGCACCCUGGUCUGCACGCACUCAACGCGGUGCAUCCACCCUCGCAACACCGUUCUGAAGGGGAAACGGGCCUGGAGGGUUCCGAAAAUGGACUCGAAAGCCGUAGAGACAUCGGCGAUAUUUUACAACAAAUUAUGACUAUUACCGACCAGAGUCUGGACGAAGCCCAAGCAAAAAAACACGCCUUGAAUUGUCACCGAAUGAAACCGGCUUUGUUCAGCGUGUUGUGUGAAAUCAAAGAGAAAACCGAGGUGUGGCUUUUUGGCCGCAAUUCUUCCAUGACCAGACUUCUCUGCACAGUAGAUGGGUGUACCUGGGUCCCACUGGUUUCUGCCAGUUCUGAGCUGAUGGCACUGCUGGACAUCUUCCAAUUGCAAAGGGAAAAGCUUGGACUGCACAUCUGGAAAUCCCUGUCUGCCUUGAAAUUUCUGCCUGGCCUGUCUAUGCGAAGCGCUCAAGAGGAGGAGCCCCAGGAUCCCCAGCUUGUGCGAUUGGACAACAUGCUGCUGGCAGAAGGUGUUGCCGGGCCAGAAAAAGGAGGCGGUGCCGCAGCUGCCGUCUCCGCGGCAACCAGCUCGGGCGGAAUGUCACCGGACAGCUCACUGGAGCAUUCUGACUACAAGAGCAAGCUGAGCCAGAUUCGCAACAUCUACCACACUGAGCUUGAGAAAUACGAGCAGGCCUGCAGUGAGUUCACCACACAUGUGAUGAACCUGCUGAGGGAGCAGUCACGCACCCGUCCUGUUUCCCCCCGCGAGAUCGAACGCAUGGUGGCCAUCAUACACCGCAAGUUCAGCUCCAUCCAGACCCAGCUCAAACAGAGCACCUGCGAGGCAGUCAUGAUCCUGCGGUCCCGCUUCCUGGACGCCAGGCGGAAGCGGCGUAACUUCAGCAAGCAGGCGACGGAGGUCCUGAACGAAUAUUUUUACUCUCACCUUUCAAACCCGUACCCCAGCGAGGAGGCCAAGGAGGAGCUGGCCAAGCAGUGCAGUAUCACUCUUUCUCAGGUUUCAAACUGGUUUGGUAAUAAGCGGAUCCGUUACAAGAAGAACAUUAGCAAAUUCCAAGAGGAGGCAAAUAUCUACGCUAUGAAGACUGCCAUAGGGGCAACCCAGAACGAGGACUCUCCACACACUCCAAACUCUACGGGUUCAGGGUCCUUCUCUCUCUCUGGAUCAGCUGACCUGUUUCUGGGAGCUCCUCCAAUGAAUGGAGAGCAGGCAGCCUACCACAUGGGGGCUCAGGACCCGGUGGCUCAGUCCCGUUUCCCUGACAGACUGUACAGCCCCAGAGAGAGCCGGACUAAUGGUAGUUGGCAGGAGCAGGCCACGCCCCCUUCACCUGGUAGUGACCACUCGGAAAACUCAAACUGACGGUUUGUUGGAAGAGGCGUCUUCGCUGGUGAAAGAAAAGAGGGUUAUGUCACCAUGUUUUUUUUUGUUUCUUUUUCCUCUUCUCCCCCCAAAGCAUCGAUCCCUGUAUGAGGAUGGUGUGUGGGUGGUUGAGUGUGUGGUGUAUGUCAGGUUUAGGACUGGGACUGGGUUUUCCACUGCUUGUUACUGCUGUGUGAGUGCGGAGGGAGGGAUGACUUGUUGAAACUCCAUUAUCACUACUAUUAUAUUACUAUUUUUACCUUUUGUGCUAAGAUGGAAGUGAAAGUAUAAGGAUGAGGGGGCAAUAGAAAUAAAUCCAAAGAUUGUUUUGUGUGUGCUUGUUUUACACUUUUUUUUUUUAUACUGAGCUGCUUGUGUGCAUCUAAUUAUACGAAUGAGGUGUGUGUACCUUGUUGAUAUUAACAGUUUGAAUGAGUAUAUCAAUAGUGCUGUCUUUUUUCUGUACAGUGAAACACCUGUAUUCUCUACCUCUUUUACAAUAAACUCUGUAUACACAUGUA